AAGACGGCAGUUGGUUACGGAUGUCUAGUCAAGGUAAUAAAAUAGAUUAAAAGAAUAAUAAAAAUAAAAAUUGACAUGGACAUAGCACACAAACGGCAGGCCGUUUGGUGGGUUUGGUUCACUGGUUGGGAAACUGUCACUGUGGGCGUGGAGUGGAGGAUAGAGAUUACAGGAAGGAAGGAUAGAGAGCAAAAAGACCCGACAGAAAUCUACCCAAAAAAAAAAAAAAAAAAGAUAUGGAGAAGAAGAAUGAGAUUGAGAUCGAGCGGUUGAAUAAAAAUGAUGAAAAAAAAGUUUGCAAAAGGUGUAAACAAAUCUACACUCCUUCCUCAAACACCUCUUCGUCGUGUCGCUUCCACCCUUCUUUUUUUGUUUGUCGCCGUCACGACGAUCAGAAGAGGUACUAUGAAUUGGGCCCAGAUGAUCCGCCAUAUGCUGCCAAGUUCUAUGAUUGUUGUGGGGCUGAAGAUCCUGAAGCAUCUGGCUGCACCACCAGUUUCCAUGCUUCUUACGAUGAUGAUUGAAUAUGAUAAUUUUCUUCACUUGGGAUCCGAACCAAUGAAAAUAAAUGUGUGGUAGAUAUGUAUGCACCUCCUCUCUUGAUAUAUAUCAAUUUUAGGUAGUUCUAGUUGAUACUUGUAUCUGAUAUGUAGCGAUUUCUGUCUCCAUACAUUUUCAUCUUCUUUCCUAUAGAUGAUCUGAUUCUGAUCA